AUGCGGCUGAUUGAUACCAGAACGCUCGAGUUUGCCGUCUACAAUGGCGCAGCUAUACCACCAUAUGCUGUACUCUCCCAUCGCUGGAACCGAGACGAGGUGACCUUUGCAGAUUAUGCUGACGUCGCAGCGCAAAAUGGAAAUCGUUUCCGCAAGAUUCGUCAUCUCUGCAGCCGAGCUCUCGCAGACGACCUCAAUUUCGCAUGGAUCGACACUUGUUGUAUAGACAAGACUAACAGCGUGGAGCUCUCCGAGGCCAUCAACUCGAUGUUUACAUGGUACAUGGACUCGGCUAUCUGCUACGUCUUCUUAGCAGACUACCAUGGUCCUCAAGGCUUGGGACAAUGCGAGUGGUUCACUAGAGGCUGGACACUGCAGGAACUGGUAGCGCCUGAUCAGGUCCACUUCUAUGAUGACCGAAUGGCCUACCUGGGGUCUCGUGACACGUUACAGCCAGAGAUUCACGUGAUUACAGGCAUUGCAUCGGAGUAUAUGGGCUCCACCAAUGACUACUCGGAGAAAAGUCCCAAUGUGAGGAAGGCAAGUGUGGCCCGUAGAAUGAGUUGGGCUUCCUCUAGAGUGACCGAGAGAGCCGAGGAUGUGGCAUACUGUUUGCUCGGGAUCUUUGACAUCAAUAUCCCCAUGAUGUAUGGCGAAGGUGGUGUCAACGCAUUCUCAAGGCUCCAACGAGCGAUUAUCGCACAGUCCGACGACGAGAGUCUGUUCGCCUGGGCCUCUGAGUCGGACGGAGUGCGUGGUAUGUUCGCUCGCCAUCCACGCGAAUUUCAGAACUCGAAAGAUAUCAUACCGCGCCCUUUCCUACUGCGAAGACCGCCAGUCAUCAUGACAAACCAAGGCCUGGAGGUUCACCGUCUCCCCCGGUCGCUUCUCAGGCGAAUCAUCGUUCCAGGAGCCGAAGGUUCAGCUGAUGAGGAUCCCAUUCUCACCCUACAAUGCGUGGAGAAUCGACCAGGCCAGGCUCUCCGCAGACUAGCGAUUCGUCUCGUCAAAACUCGGGAGGGGAUUUGGGCACGAACGGCGACAUCUCGCCUGGAAUCACAGGACAUUGAAGACGGAUUUGUCGAUGCAGUAUAUCCUGGUGGCUGGGUCAAAACAUAUAUUGCAGCCAAGUACAGCCCCACUGAGGCGGUUGACCUGAUUCCACAUGUCUCCGUCCGUGGAGUGGUCGCACAAGCAGUCGACACGGGCUAUGACGCUGUGGAGCCUUGCCGCUUUCUCGUGGAGCUAUCGCGACCAGGGGCACUUGAUCGGACCGCAAGAAGCGAUGCAAUCGUGCUUGCUGUUGAUGAUUGGAUGGAAGUGGACUGGCCUCAGCUAUCUCUACUUAUGGAUCACAUUCCUCGCAACGACGAUGCCCGGGUUUGUACCUCCUACCAUGAAGAAUGUAUCCCAGCCCAGCUCAGAUCAGAUCAGAUCAGAGUCCCUCUGUAA